CUUUGGGUAAUACUGCCGGGGACAACUGCGCGCGUGAAUUCAAAAUGGCGGCCGUAUCAAUACAUGAAGUUGACCCAAAUCGACGAGGUUUUCUAAACUUUUAAAUGACAAUUACUCUAACUCAUGACUUUGUGUCCAGCAGCAAUGUUAUAAUGAGGUAUAUGGCGAAGUCUUGACUUAAAUCCUGUAAUGUUAUCUUGAAGUGUCGCUAGCUUUCCCGUACGUAACGAGUGCGAAAAGAUCCUCCAAAUAAUGUCAACACACAGACAUGUUAUGUUUUCGGUCCUUUAUACGCACCAGAAAGCCAAAAAGAGAAAAACGUGGCAGGAUGGCGUUGUUAAGUUUAUCUGCAGUACAAACAAGGCAUCACUCUAUAGUGAAGACAACAAGCUGUUGGACUCCUUGUUUGUACGCCAAGAACAGAUUUGUAAUGGAGCAGAGCUUGAGAGUGACAAAUAUUUAAUCACAAUAGAGGAGCAACUCAAUCGCACAUCUAAUGAUGACUUCCGCCAGUCAUUGUCAUCAUCUCAUGGUACCAUGCUCCAGUCAUCAUCAACGUUUCAUGAUAACCCCCUCCCAUCAUCAUCAUCAUCAGUAAAGUCAUCAUCAUUUGGACUGUCUGCUGGCAGAAAGCCUGCCUUCAAGAGAAAGAAUUUGGGUUUUCAGGCUCCAAGAUUUGUAGAGAGAUUUGAGGAAGAGUUUCCCUGUAUUCCUCCACAACCACCAAGCAAAAAGCUGAGAGUUACUGAAAACGAAGAUUUAGUCCUUACUCCUUCAAGUAACCAUGGCAGCACAGCCCAAGAUAAGAAUAUGUGCAGGUCGCGCCGAGGAACUUCAUUCCCAAGCCAUCUAACCUUGGGCUUACCGGGAAAUACAGGGAUAACCUCAUCUGAGAGCUUCCCAAUCCCAGAAAACUCACCGUUUGUUCCUAGAAAUGUUCCUAAUAUUGAUGAGCCGGGGAACGACCUUACUACUGCUAAUCGGCUGCUACAAGCAAGAGGCAGAAAUAACCCGCAUGAGAAAACCCCUGUAGUGCAAUCAGUAAACAUGCAAAGUGCUGAAACUGAUAGUGGGUCAUAUGGCGCUGAUUCUGCCAGCAAUAAGAAAAGAGAUGCUUUGCAGAUCAUGGCAUUAUUUGGAAAAAGAAAUGAACAAACUUCCACUACUUCUCGAGGACAAGCGUCUGAAAUGGUGUAUGGGAGAGACAAAAUGCAAGCAAACAGUUUCCAAACGACAAGGGUGCCUGGUGAUUCACCCGUUAGUUUGGUCAGCAACUCUGAAACAUCUGUUAAUUUUUGCAGCAAUCCACGCAAAUUGUUGAACCUAUGUAAAACCACCAAAGAUAUAAAUGAAAACCAGUCAGACAAAUUUGGCAACUGGUCAGACAGGCGUGACGAGUCUGGAGUAAAACUUUCUGAUGUUAGUCCAUACAGGCUGAACAGGUUGGACAGGUUUUCAUCAGGUCUUUCCAAUAACCCUUUUCCCGCUAUUGAUAAGUCAAUCUCCUCUCCAGGCGUACUUGUGAACCCUGAUAACAUGGAUACAACACUGGUUUUGACCCCAGACUCUUGUGUAUUCUCGCCGGAUGAUUGCAAAACCUUUAAUUCUAAUACGACACUGGAAACAGAUGCUGGAACAGGUGAACUGCCCAAUGAUGAAGAAGUUGUGAAGGGUCAUGUAAACUGUACCCCUUGUGCAACAACGUUCUUUUCAAAAGCAGAUAUGUUGCCUAGAUCGAGAAGGCACAUUGUGAAUGGAAGUAAUCUAGAUGAAGAAACAGAUGCUUUUUCUUGCUCGAGCAGGUUUGAUCUGGUUAGAGACAAUGUCGACGAACAUGUACAUAUGUUGCCUAGCUCGAACAAUGAUAUGGACAUAAGCACUGGGGAAUCAGAUAUCUUGAGUUACUCGGGUAGAGAUAUUGUGAAGGAAGUCAAUGUAGAUGGGAAUGCAGAUAUGUUGCCUAGCUCUAGCAGGGUCAAUGAUGAAAAAAGUCUAAUUCAAGACGACAUUUUUGAUCAUCCGGAGAGAUUGUUUUCCUUGGAUGAAAGCCUUUUACUAGAGGAUUUUGAAAUGGCGAGCUGGGAACAGCAUGCUAGUUUUGAGCCUGGCAGGAAAGCGCCUAGUAGUAAGGUAGCUGAAGUAAUUAAUAAGGAAAGUAGAAAAUCUAGUGGCGAGUCAGACAUGCGUAUAGAGAAUCAGUGGUCGGCUUUUUCAAGUUCCAAAGAAAGCGAGGAUGUUGUCUGUGGUCCGAGCCACGGAAGUAUCGAGAAAGAAGGUUACACGCUUAUUUCUGAUGAGAACCCCAUGAAAAGCGAACAUAAGACAAGUUAUGAAAAGCAGGCUACUAUUUCACCUUUCAAUGUGAAAGAACAAGACUUCAAGAUAGAUGCAGAUUCUAACCGAGACUGCAUCGGAGUUGACAGUGAUGUCCUGAUGUCUCAUAAGACGCUUAGAGACGGAAACAAAUCAAGAGACCGCAAUACAAGGAAUAGAAUUGUAAAAGAAACCAUGCUGAAAGAACAGCAGAAUGAGGAGGCCUAUGUUGUUGGCACUAAUUCUAUCCUGUCCAGUGGUGUAAAGGCUAAGGACGAUGUACAACAUAAAGGUUUCAAGGAAUGGGCUGGUGACAAGAUGGUCUUUGAUCAGACGCCUACAGAAGAAACUGAGGUAAGAGAACAGGAGGAGGAGGAGGAGGACGUAUAUGUUGAUGGUACGGAUACCAUCCUGUCCAGUGGUGAAAUGCGAAAAACAGAAUCAGCAGUUAAAGGUAACAAUGAAUGGUCUGGAGCAAUGCCUCCUACUUGCUCAAAGCGAUUACAGUCGCUUCUGACCGGCCACCAAGACAACAGAUUUAGUAACGAGGAAGACACAUUUGAAAGUAGCGAAGACACCGAACGUUUAUUUACGCAAGAGCAAUCUAUUGCGACAAAUGAAAGUAGUCUAACUUUGUAUGAAAAAGAGCCGGACUACUCACAGGAUUCCAUUCCCACCAAAUCCUUUACACAGCCUAAGAUAAAUAAUCGCGUUGCCAAGUUGUUCAAUGCGUUUCUGAGAUCAAAAAACAUGGAAUGCCUACAGGACAAACAACAAAAAGCCCUAGCCCCUGCAGUAAACCCCAUGUCAAAUCACCUUUUUCAUCUGCCGCACGAGACACCGAGACACACAACACACACUCCCCGUGUCUCCAAACAUCCUUUGUUUGAUUUUGCCGCGCUAAGUGAGUCCUCCCGGUUUUCUGACGCACAGACCAAAGAUAGCUUAACUUCAAGUAACGUUGAAUCCCGCCUCCGAACUCGAGAAGCCCAGCAUUGCGUUUCAGUUCAUCGUAAUUCUGCGCAAGACCAACAAAUGACAAUAAACCACAGAGACAUGGGGGUCGAUCCAAGGCGACAGCGUUUAGGGACAACGCCUAUGGUACCGUUUGAAGGACCCUGCAAUGACGAGAUGUUUAUGGUCCCUGAUAUUUGUGAAGAUCCCCUGACAAGCAUUAACCACAUGUUGUCUCCUGAGUUCUACCCUUUGCGCGAGGAAUUUGCGCCGCAGAAAGUCGUACCCAUCGUUAAGACUAAUGUGGUUUCGCCAGGAGCAGCCAAGGUCGGUAAAGAAAGCUUGUGGAAAGGCUCAUUGUCCAGUCAGACUGUUCAGCGGUCGUACCCUUCAUUUGAUUUGGCGUCUUUUGAUACGGAAACCGCGCAAAUUGAUACAAGUGACGAUUUGGCAUGGGUCGAUAACAUUCAGACCUCUGAGCCACACCGCAUCACCACAAACGAGAGCAUGCUCUUUGAUGACACAAACGCUGUACUGACAGAAAGUCUGCAGGCUCAGGCUGUGCCCCAGGCUCCCCAGCCGAACACACGCGAGGCUCCGCGGCGCCAGGCAGUAUUGAGUUGCCCGGAUGAUAAAAGGCCCUUGUCAUCUGGACUGGUAGAAUUAGAAGCUGUAGUUCCAUCACGAGAAGGUUUUUUAUUGGAUGAGUGGUCGGGAUUGCAUUCCGGUGACAGCAUUUUAAAGAAGUUUGAUGGCAACGUAGGGAUUUCGGGAACUCUCAAAAGUAUGGACCAAGAUCAAUUCUCCUCUGCUGAGCUUCUGGAUCAAUCUAUUGGUUGUAACAGUCAAGAGGAGCGUCAUCACCAACGCAGACACCACAAACCGGAAGUGAUUUUAGAGUAUUCACUCAACCAAUGGCCGAGCAAGCACGAGGUGUGUUAUAACGGACGAAGAAAUGCUGGACUUGACCCAGAUGAAGAUGAUGUGACCUGCAAGAAGGAAAAUCACAUUACUGGUACCAUUGAUUCGACAAUGGAUGUUGACCGUCCCUUUUUUGGCCCCAACUCUGACGGACGAUUCCAUGAAACCUCUAGCCGGAAAACUAGAGCUGAGAUGACAGAUCGUAUCACUCGCUCAAUUGAUGACUCUUCAACACAUGCCAAACGACGCUAUCAGGGUGGUUCUUUCUCAGAUGGACAGUUUUAUAAGAACUCCAGAAGAGAACGCUCUGGGCUGUGUGCUUCAGGGAAAUAUGUCGAUCGAUGCAAUCAGAUUGCUUCAAACUCUGAUGGACUAUACUAUGAAUCCUCCAACAGGGAUACUGCCAACCAGGUCAACUCCUCAGGAAGAGAUGCCGAGCGAUGCUAUCAUUUUACUUCAAGAUCUGAUGGACCACCUGAAAUCGCUAGCAGAGAAAAUGUCAAUGAGGUCAGCAGUGAUCUGUGCGUGACACAGAUGUUCCAUGAAGACGAGAGGAUGCUGCUUGAUGCCUGCGCAUCAGGAUUCCACCAAGAUGACGAAGCUGAGCAAACAUGGCUUUCUCCUAACGUAAACAAUGACAGCAAACAAAGAGGGGAAGUUGAUGAUUGCCCUGAAGGAACAAGCCUGGACUUUGCACCAGGCAACAUGCUACAGGAAUGUUACAAGGCGAACAUAACAAGCACUGCUUCAUCUGGACUAUCCCUAGAGGGGGAUGCUUCUGAAUGCGCCACUAGAAUGACCUCUCGAGCACGUCGUGCGCAUGCGCCAUUUCGACGCAUGGGUCUCAGUAAGGGGAACAAGCGAUUUGUGCCUCCUGUACAGGAUCACUCGUCGAAUACACAGACCUCGAUGUGCUCGCCUAAUAACUCCGAAUGUGAGCUCUCUAUGACGGGCGAGCUAUCAUUCCCUACAGCUAAGGAGUGUGAGUCUACUACCACGCCCAGCCGUUACGUAACUAUCCCUGUGGCAUUUGAAAGCGCCCCACGUUACCGACAAGUCAUGAAGACGGCACUCAGAGAACAUUUAAACAUAAUUUUGUUCGAGCUUUCAAAGAGCUACCACUCAGCACUCAGGAAGGUGGAUGUGUCCGGGUACUCCUCGCACGAUACAGGGAGCUCAUCGGGCCGGAAAGGACCAAGCUGCCCACACGGAGUUGGUAAUCUACGUGCCGUGAAAAAGGAAGGCCCGAAUAAGGGACGCUUGUUUUAUUGCUGCCCGGCUCCAGGAGCACAACAGUGUAAGCUGUUUAAAUGGGCAGAUGAGUACCAGUCUUCCUCGUGCGGUACAGGGAGUGCGCGGUCUGGAAGGGAUCAUAAGCCUAGCUUGUCAACACCAGAUACGAUAAGCAGCUUUAUGAAGACACAUGGUGUGAUGCUCUACUGUGAGUGUAGGUUUGUACGCAAGCAAAAAGAUACAUUUGGGCGUGGAGCCGCUCGAGGUGGAUAUAGAUACUCCAGGCGUGGGUCUAAUAACAUUGCUACCAACACUAAGAAGGGUAUCUUCCUUGAGUUGAGCCGAAAGGAGAGCUCGUCUAUGUACUCUAAGAAUGAUAUCUGGAUCGUAUCCAAAAGCCUUUCUUUUGACGCCAGUUUCACGUUCGUGGCGAAGAGUGUUUACUAUGGUCCACUGAGUUCUGGGGAGUUGGAGAUAGAGCCGUUAACUGGCUACUCCCCGUCCAACUGGCACUCUGGAGAGCAAGUUCACGCGUUGCUGGCUUGUAACGCUGGUAAUGAACUGACAUGUACGGAGACCAUAGAUGAGCAUGUGAAACCACAAGGCAUGCCCCUACUCGACCGACUGCUGACCAUGCCAAGUAGCAAUCAUCGGCCCUCAGUGGCCCGCAGAUCACAAUCGAGCUCAUUUGUACCCCCCACACGGGACGGAUCCCAGCAAUGUACGAUGCCUGUGUCUUGGGGAGACAUGAUUAAUCUUGCGGAAGAGUACACGGAUCGCUACCAUCUGAAUGAGGAUCAAUCGGCAGCGAUGCGUGAGUGUGUUGGGAUGUUCUCCACGAUGGAUCCAGACUUCCUUCCCACGCCUAUCACGCUCAUCCAUGGAGUGUUUGGGUCAGGGAAGAGCUAUCUACUGGCGGUUAUUAUUGUGUUUCUUCUUGAAGUCUUCAAGAUGUGUGAUAGCAACGCAGAAAGGGCUUCUUCGACGCCCUGGAAGAUUUUAGUUUCAUCUACAACAAAUGUAGCCGUGGACAGGAUUUUAAUUGGGCUGCUCGACUUGGGUUACGACGAGUUUGUCCGUGUCGGCAGCGUUCGUAAGAUUGCUAAAUCCGUUCUGCCGUACAGCGUGCAUAGUGCAGGGAGCGACACGCAGGAACUGAAAGAGCUGCAGGCCAUGCUUAAAGGGGAUGUGUCCCCCACGGAACGCACGCUUAUUCGGAAAAGUAUUGAGAAGCAAAAACUGGGCAUCAAUAAAAAGCGCCUGGUAGAGGCCCAAGUGGUGGGCGUGACAUGUGCUGCAUGUGUAUUCCCUUGCAUGGAGAAGAUGAAGUUUCCUAUUUUGUUGCUUGACGAAUGCAGCCAAAUGACGGAACCCUCAUCUCUUCUCCCUCUUGCCCGCUUUGAAUGUCAAAAGCUUCUUCUUGUUGGUGAUCCGAAGCAACUAAGCCCAACAAUCCAGGGGUCUGAGCCCGAGCAUGAUAAAGGCCUGGAGCAAACCCUGUUUGACAGGCUUAUUAAACUGGGAUACCACCCAACCAUGCUACGUGUUCAGUAUCGUUGCCAUCCGGUGAUCAGCGCUAUUGCCAACAAGCUUUUCUAUGACAGUCAACUGAAAGAUGGAGUAACAUCAGAAGAGAGGUCCCCCAUCGUGGACUUUGCACCAACUCUGUGUUUCUAUAACGUGUCACGUGGACAAGAAAAGCAUGGACAGGACGGUAGCUACUACAAUGAAGAGGAGGCAAAGUUUGUAGUGUUUAUGAUCGACCAUUUGCUUGAGGCUGGUGUGGAACCUGCACAGAUAGGUGUAAUAACGCUGUACAAGUCACAGCUGCGCACCAUAACAGCGCAUCUAGCUGCAAGCAAGUCCGCAAGCCACUCAGAAAUGAAAGGUGUCCAGAUAUCUACUGUGGACGCUUUCCAAGGUGGCGAGAAAGACGUGGUUCUACUCUCAUGCGUACGAACUAAGCGUGUUGGCUUUAUCGACUGUGACAGGCGUACUAAUGUUGCGCUAACAAGGGCUAAAAGGCAUUUACUGAUUAUCGGUAGUCUCAGAAUGCUCUCGUCGAAUGCCGUGUGGGGGAACGUUAUCCAACACUGCCGAGACAUUCCUGAAGGAAUAGUCAAGGCAGAAGACUUUGUCACCUCGUUCAAGGAAAACCUUCCAGACCAGCAACAAGACAGACAUUAAAUUACGGUAACCACGGUAACCACUACCAAACAUGGUAGUCUUAGUGUAAUUAUACAGUCACAGGAUGUCACGGAUUGUCACGCAAGAUGAACCCAAAAUCUUUAGUUCCAUUGUGGAUACGGUAUGGCACCGUUAUAGGGUCACACAACGCGGUUUAGCCUUGAGUCACGUUUGUUUCUGAUGACGCCGUCUUAGAACAAUGCGUUCAUUAAAUGUCACGGCUUCAGUGUCACGACAUUUUUUGAAAUUGUAACGUUCGGGGUCACGACUCUGACAUCACGCAAAAUAUGUCAUAGCAUGUCACUUGCAUGGUGUAACGCCA